AUGGUCGUUGUUUUUCCGCCAACUUAUAUAAAUGCUUGGUUUACCGAUUGUAAGCGUUCGUUUAACGCAGCAUUACCAACGUUGUUGCAAUUUGUAGUAAAAAUGUUAGCUGGUAAUGCAAGUGAUAAAAUUACAUCACUUAGCGAAACUAGUAAGGUUCGCUUAUUUAAUACCAUAGCAUUCCUUGGUAUGGCUAUUUUCCUUAUUGCCCUGGCAUAUACACCAGCAAAUCAAACAACUUUAGCACUCAUUUUCUUAAUUAGUUCAACAACAAUUCUUGCGGGUGGCUUUUUCAAAAGUUCCACAUUGAUAGGUCGACAGUACAGUUACUUUAUUAAUGCCAUCGUACAGCUGGUAAUGUGUAUAGCUAUGCUUACAGUACCAUUUAUUGUAACUUUAUUAACACCAAAUAGCCUAUCUGAGGAAUGGUACUAUGUAUUCCUCCUGCAUGCCAGUUUUCUGUUCAUCACUAAUGUAAUAUUUUGUAAAUUUGGAAAAGGCACAGCGGCCUUAUUUACACGUUCUAAUGGUAGUACCAUCGGUAAACAGUUGGAACCAACAUUUUUGUAG